AUGGCUGAUCCGGGCCCAAUUAUCGCGGCGUUGGAGGUUCUUAAGAGCAAGCAGCCUUCGGAGCUGUUUGUAAUCGGCCUCGCAUUAAUCGGUCUCCUAUGGCUCUUCUCAGGCUUGCUUUCCUUCCUCAACGGAAUCUGGAUUCUCUUCCUUCGCCCCGCCAAGAACCUCCGUCGUUACGGCUCCUGGGCGAUUGUUACAGGAUGCACUGACGGCAUCGGUAAGGGUUUCGCGAAGGAGCUCGCGAAGCGGAAAAUCAACGUGAUUCUCGUCAGCAGGACCCAGGAGAAACUCGAGGCCGUCGCGAGCGAGCUUUCGUCAAAGUACAAGGUCGACACGCGAAUCGUCGUCGCGGAUUUCACGAAUCCCGGCCCGGCUCUGACGUCAGCGUACGAUCAAGUUCGCAAGCUGGUCGACGAAUUGGAAGUCGGCAUUCUCGUGAACAAUGCCGGGAUGUCUUAUCCGCAUGCUCAGUACCUACACGAGGUUGAGGACAAGCUUAUAUCGGAUCUGAUCAACAUCAAUAUCGAGCCCAUUGUCCGCCUGUCCAAGAUCGUUAUUCCGAACAUGAUCAAGAGGAAACGUGGAGCGAUUGUGAACAUUGGAUCGGGUGUCGCAACGGUCAUUCCGUCCGAUCCGCUCUACUCCGUCUAUGCCGGCACCAAGGCGUUCGUGGACCAAUUCUCCCGGAGCAUCGACAUGGAGUAUGCAUCCAAGGGCAUCGACGUACAGGUUCAGGCGCCUCUGUUCGUGGCGACCAAGAUGUCCAAGAUCCGCCAUGCGUCACUCACCUGCCCGUCCGCUGACCUAUAUGCGAAGCAUGGAGCCAACUGGGUGGGGCAGGAGGUGCGGUGCACGCCGUACUGGGCGCACGGGGUCAUGUGGGGCAUCAUCUACCGCUUCCCUGAGGGGCUGUUCAACAUCAUUCGGUUGGGUCAGAAUGUGGAUAUCCGCAAGCGUGCCCUCGCGAAGAUUGCUCGCCAGCAGAAGCAGCAGUAG